UGUGGGGACUUCUCCCAGAAUUUGGGAGAUGAAUGAUUACUGGUAUUAUAAUAUGACAGCAGAGAUGAAAGGAAGUCCCUACUCCUUGUUUGAGCAUCGAAUAUUGAGACCAGUUCUUUGGAUGCUGACUGCUUACCUUGUCCCUACUACAUUUAUUCUUCUUGUAGUCUGCCCAGCAGAAAUUGUAUCUGUCAUGAGAAGAGAGGAGGCAGAUAUUCGCUUAGUGAAUGGGGAGAGCCGCUGCCAAGGCCGAGUCGAAGUUCUGUACAAUGGCACUUGGGGGACAGUAUGCGAUGAUGAUUGGGACAUUGUAGAUGCCAACGUGGUUUGCCGACAGCUGGGUUGUGGCAACGCCGUUACUGUACCUCACCGGCUCUCAUUUGGCCAUGGAACUGGACCAAUUCUAUUAGAUAAUGUGGACUGCAAAGGAAGAGAAACAGCACUGAGCCAGUGCAGGAGCCUCGGAUGGGGAAUUCAUAACUGCUACCACUAUGAGGAUGUUGCUGUCACCUGUAAUGAAAUAUUACCUACACCAAGUAACAAGGGUAUGUCCACAAAAACAUCCUCAACAUCCUUGCAAAAUGGUCUACGUGAUGGCAGCAUCAGGUUGGUCAAUGGAGCUGACUCCUGCCAAGGAAGAGUCGAAAUCUUCUACAAGGGAAACUGGGGUACAGUGUGCGAUGAUGACUGGGGAAUAAAGGAUGCAAGUGUUGUAUGCAGGCAACUUAGCUGUGGUCAAGCCUCGGACUACAAGAGCAAUGCUUAUUUUGGUUAUGGAACUGGCCUAAUAUUACUGGAUAAUGUAAACUGUGAUGGGUCAGAGCCUCACCUGUCAGCUUGCUACAGCCUUGGUUGGGGAAUUCACAACUGUGGCCACCAUGAAGAUGCUGGGAUCAUUUGUGCUGGGCUUGGUAUCUCAACUACGACUCCAAACACCACUCCUUCAGCUCACAAUUCUGCAGAGUCACUCACUGACACAGCAACAGUUACAUGGGGUGGGGGCCUGCAUUCUCCUGAAACUGAUUUGAUCACCACUGCAUUUUUUCAACUAGGAAGAAAAAGUGGCAGCAUUAGACUGGUAAAUGGAAACAGCAGCUGCCAGGGCAGAGUGGAAGUUCUGUACCAAAACACUUGGGGAACUGUGUGCGAUGACGACUGGGAUUACAGCAAUGCGCAGGUGGUUUGCAAGCAGAUGGGCUGUGGUCCUGCCAUUGUAGCUACAACACUUAGUUAUUUUGGCUAUGGCAGUGGCCCUAUCCUCCUUGACAAUGUAGAUUGUGCUGGUACAGAAAAAGACCUAAUCGACUGCUUCAACCUAGGCUGGGGUCAGCACAAUUGUGGACAUCACGAGGAUGCUGGUGUUAUCUGUCAAGGUGUGAGAGACGCAGAAUUGUUUUCCAAAGGAAGCAGCUUUGAAGUGACAACUCAAUCUGCAACACCUCCAAAAGAUGGGUCAAUCCGCUUAGUGAAUGGCAGUCAUCGAUGUGAAGGUCGUCUGGAAAUAUAUCUCCUGUUGCAGUGGGGAACCGUGUGCGAUGAUGCAUGGGAUGUGAAGGCUGCAAAAGUGGUGUGUCGCUCUUUAGGCUGUGGAGCAGCUUUAAGUGCCUGGGGAGAGGCUUGGUAUGGGCAGGGAACUGGCAUUAUCUUCAUUGACAAUGUUAAAUGCCAUGGCAAUGAGAGUUCCCUGUUGCAGUGCUCCUACAUCCGCUGGAAUGUGCACAAUUGUGACCACUCUGAGGAUGCUGGGGUGAAAUGUGGACUCUUGUGAGCAGCACUUUAUUAGAGAUAACCUGAACAUAUGUAAAUGUAUACAUUAUGUACAUAAUUCUGUAUCUUCUUUUAACUGUCAUUUUGCACUUUAUUAACCAAUUUAAAACCAAGAAUAGUUAUACAUGUAUGAUGUUAAAUGGAUAAAAGUCUAAUAUGAUUAAAAAUGUUUUAUUGCUUUUAAGAAAUAGGUAUCUACAGCUUGCACAAUGUAACUACUGUAUAAUCUGCCCUGUACAGACAAACUCUAUAAAUCAGAUAAUCUCAUUCCCAGUUUUCCAAGAAAUGCACCCAGAAGGAAAUACCCCUCCUGUUUAGAUUUUCUCCAGGCCCAAUUGCUGUCUUGUAUUUUAGGGGGAGUUACCAUUUAAGUGUGAGCCCCCAUAUAGGUACUGUAAAGUGAAUACUUAUAUACGUAUUAAGAAUUUUAAAGUGUUUCCAUAGUCAGUAAUAGCAAUACGCAAACUGCCAACGACAAAGUGAUGGGAAACUCUCCAUACAUCUAACAAAACAAUGGUUCAACAGUUUCUAUUGUACAUGACAUCUCCCUCUAUGGGAUCUUAUACAGUGAGCUUUGUUGUAUUUUAUGUCUUCAGUCCUCCCUCUGCAGGACAAGCUUUAUUAGACUACAAGAGGAGCUCACAUAAUAGUGUUCCGUUUUGUCAGUUACCUGAAUAAUGUUGCUAUGGGACAAAAUGAAACCAUAUGAGUGUCAAGAUGUUUUAUGAUC